GAGGGACGGAGGACGGAUGACAGAGUGAGGUUUGUGCGGAUCCUGCUGCAGGACGAAAACACCGAGACGCUGUUCGGAGGCGUCGAUGUUCAGCCGGAAAGCUCCUCCAGCUCUUGCUGGAGACGAGGAACGGAGGCUCCACUGAAUUCUGCGUUUAAAAGCGAAGAGAAAAAGCAACAAUAAACCGCGCAGGGCUGCAAAAAGCCUGCAAGUGCUGGGAACUACAUCCUCCACAACCCUGCCGUCGUGUGCUGUGGUGAACAUUUCAAACGUCUCUGUUCUUGGCCACCCAGGAGAGGAGAUGGAGGAUUAAAUCACAUGCUCUGCCAAAAGUGAUCACAAACCAAACCUGCUGAGACUUCGCUCUCCUGAGUUCAAGGCUCUCUUCAAUCUUUUCCCGGAGCUUAAAGCGGCACAAACUUUCCCAAGUAAUUUGCUUAUCUCUCCUAAAAGGAAGUACUUUGAUAAAGGUCAGACGCAAUUAAUGUUUUUCCAGUGAGGGCCUGGAAAAAAAAAAAGAAGAAAGAGAGACCCGACCAUAACCCACUGGAGGGUCUUAGCAGCUUUUGAGGAACCUGGAGGAGAAAACUGCUGCAGUGGCAGAGGUGAUGGGUAACAAAAACACCAGCCCACCUAAAGGUCCUGAAACUGGGGAUACACAAAAAGAAGAGGGGUUGUUCAUCGAUAGUGCCACAGGGAGCGUCUCCAGAGAUGGAGCGCAGGGCCUCAGUCCCGAGCUGCUGGCCUCGCUGCAGUCCCUCGGAGAAAACAGCGACUACACGCUGCUGCCACACUCUCUGCACCAGAUUGCAGAGGCCUACUCGCUCAAAGAGGACUACCAGUGGGCCAUCCAGUUCCUCCAGUUAGAGAAGCUCUACCACGAACGCCUGCUCUCCAACCUCGCCGCCCUGCAGGAGAACUGGGAAAGCCAGUGGAGCGAGAGGAAGGACUCGGAGAGCAGUUUGCCCAACGAGCCUGAUACCAUCAGUCAGAAACACAUCGAGACGCUGAGCCAGAUCUGCAGAACUCACCUCAGACCAUCCAUCAGUGUGGAUCAGAACAAGCUGAACACAAUGCUGAAGGACAUCCAGACCAAGAAUGAGACACUACAAAAAGCACAUUGUAAUGAAGAAAAAGAGCAAAACCUGAACUCAGAGUCGCCACAGACGGGCCACGAGGACGAGGACGGAGGAGAGGAGGAGACAUAUGAGGAAGGACAGGAAGUAGAAGAGGAGGAGGAGCAGUGUGAGGACACUCCGGAGGAGGAGGAGGUGAAGGUGGAGUGGCCGACAGGAGUCCCUCAGGCCUCUGACAAGGACCUGGCCAAACUGUCCCACUCAGACGGGAACUCCUCUCCGGAUGGUUUGGUCUCUAUUCUGAAGAGGAGAAGAGCGUCGUUGGAUGGUUUGCCUCCCCCGAACAAUACUGAGACUAAACAGAGCUCCAAACGCAAAGUUCGCUUCAGUGAGCCAGAUGACGGCAUUGAGCAAGAUGAGGUAGGCGGAGACUCCUGCCUCAUCCUGCUGCUGCUGUGUCUGGUGACGGUGGUGAUCAGCAUCGGAGGCACCGCGCUCUACUGCACCCUGGUGGACACUUACUCCAACAUCUGCACCGACUUCACCCACAACGUCGACUUCUACGUCAUGAACGUACGGAGGUUCUUUGAAGGGCUCGGACGCUGGCUUCCCCUCCGGACUUAAAACGCUUUGUUUCACCUGUGUUCAAGACAAGAGCUGCUUUCAGACGUUUGUGCCGUGACGGACCUACCGGGGACCUACAAGCUUUAAUCCGAUGCUGCCAUCCAGAGUUUAAAGCAUCAACAGAGACUGAAACAAGGGGUCUGAAAAGAGCUUGCAACCUUUGUGAAUUAGAUUAAAUGGACUAUAUGGUUUAUGUAUAACUAAAUGGGUGCUUAAAGCAACACCAAACAGUAAAAACUGUCUGAAUUUCUUCACCUCAGAAGAAAAACGUGUGCAUGUUGUGUGAUGUGAUGAGAGUAAAAAAAAAAGAAGAAGAAGAAACUACUUGUUUACUACUGUCUGUGUGGAUGUUAAAGGCACCACACGAGGAGGGCUCACAACUCUCAGCUAUAUUUAUACUGAACCAGAAGACGUAGUUUAUCUAUGUAGUCGUGUUUUCCUCACAGUUGUAGCAGCUGUAACUGUGGAUGAGUCCGUCUUAUUUGUUGCAGAAGCUUUCUUGUUUAAUUUAGACUUAUGCAGAGAGACGCUGUCAAUAGAAUCAAUAGUACAAAUCAUACAUGUGUGAUUGUUUUUUUAAAAAAAAAUAUGUAAUGACUAAUGGGCCAAUGAUGAUCUUUCUUUUCUGUCUUUUAAACUUAAUCCUACCAUCAUCUUUUGACCUGUUAAAGACCCAGAUGUGCUACAUGAGGGCACUGCAUUGGUCUACGCUUAUCAAAGACAGCAUACAAGAGAGCUGCAACUUUUCGACUACUAAGUUAAUCCCCACUUUUGAUAAUUGAUUAAUGGAUUUGAAUAUUUUUUUAAAGAAAAAAAAGUAGAAAUUCUGUGAUUACAGCUUCUGAAAAAUGAAUAUUCUUCUACAGCAGUCAACUGAAUAUAUUUUGACAAAACCAACCAAACCACUAAUCAAGUGAAUAAAUCGACACAUUAAUGAACAACAAUGAAAAUAAUCACUAGUUGCAGCCCUCAAAUGUAGGUGUUUCACAUUUUAAAAAACUGCAAGGAUACAAAAAUGUGAUUAUUUUGUAUAAACACUGAUACAAACAAGCUUUUAUGAUCCUUUUGCUAAAAGUUGUACUUUCAUAACUGUAUGUUUACCUCAAUACAGGUGAUUACUCGUAACAUUCCUCUUCUCAUGUUAUUAUGACCAGUUCAAAGAGAAGCAUUAUCAUGUAUUUGACACUUAGUGCUCUUUUAAAAUCAAGACUUUGCAGCAUAUUACAGACAACAACAAAAAAAAUCAAACCUACCAGCUUAAAACACGGUACAUUUGUGUGACGUUAUCAUCAGUAUGCAAUACAGUGAUAUAAACAGCCGCUCCACAAACUCAGGCACUUCCCCCUGUGUUUAUACUUUUGGUGCUCAGUGUUUUCAUGUUCAUCCUUAUGUAUGUCGCCCUAAACUUUCUGUUUUACAUCACGAUUUGUGGUUAACUCAGUUUUUUCCUUCAGUGUGCAAACAGCUACAUUGCGAUAUUAAAAGAAAGAAUAUUUGCUUAGAUUGUGUGUGCUUUGGACAUCAGAUCACUUAAAAAAAAAAAACAACCAAAAAAACAGGCAUCAUUUUAUCCAAAAAGCAGAGCUUUAUGGACCAACAGUUGUGUUUCCUGGCUGGUUCAAGCAACACAACAGAAAACAAGCCUGUAAACACCACAUUUCAUUAGAAUGGAGACAAUUAAAUUUGACCAGCAUGUUCCUUUAUCCAUUUAUUGCUUUGUACUGAAGUUUUUAUUUCUCCUUUUGAACUCCAGAUGUUUGCAAAGUGACAAAUGUUACCUCUGUGUUGUCACUGUGGAUAUUGUUUACCGACAAGUGUUGCUUUAUGCAAUCCACGUUUUUAGGUUUCGAUAUUUAUGUUCAAUUGUGUCCACAAGGGAAUACAAAAAUCUAUUAAAUAAGAAAUAUUUGCA